AUGAAACUCGCAGUUGCUGUAUUGUCAUCAAUCUUGCUUGCAUGCUCGGUUACUAUUGCCAAUCCAAUCGAUCCCAGUGCAACUACAGAUGUUGAAGAUGGCAUUUCAACAUUCAUUCCAAGUGCAACUACAAGUACUGAAGCUAGCACCUCGCCAACUCCUGAUCCAAACGGUAUAGGCUUAGAUGGUCUUGAUACACUUCCAGACAUCAUCAAGGAAUUGUUCGAAAAUUACCAGAGAAAACAGGAUGGUUUUGAAGAGCAAGAAGAAAUAUGCAACUCGUUAAAAUCUGAAUAUGACGGUCAGACUAUGCUGGUAAAGCGCUUGAAAAAAAAGAUUCAAGUUUUGGGAUAUAAAUCUCAAACAAGCGGUGACAAUCAAAAAUAUUAUGGUGAAAUUCAGGAGACUAAGCUUAAUCUCGAAGCCCAAAAAGCCAAACUUGAGGAUCUUAAAAAAAGUCGCAAGGAGUGCGAUUCCAAAUAUAAGGGUAUUGAAUUUGAACUGGAACUCAUUGGCAUAAAGCUUGUGAAGCUCGUUUUUGGGGGAACUUGGGAUUCUAAACCAUUUGAUCAGCAACUUUAUCUUAUCGGCAAACAUCCUUCUGUUCAAGAUUACCUUGACGGAUUACGUGGUAAAGGACAAUCAUCAGAAUGCAAUGAAUGUCUUGGUCAGAAUCAUGGUGAUCAACAACAACAACAAAAACCUAGUGAUCAACAACAACAUCAGAAUCCUAGUGAUCAACAACAACAACAAAAACCUAGUGAUCAACAACAACAACAAAAACCUAGUGAUCAACAACAACAACAAAAACCUAGUGAUCAACAACAACAUCAGAAUCCUAGUGAUCAACAACAACAUCAGAAUCCUAGUGAUCAACAACAACAACAAAAACCUAGUGAUCAACAACAACAACAAAAACCUAGUGAUCAACAACAACAUCAGAAUCCUAGUGAUCAACAACAACAUCAGAAUCCUAGUGAUCAACAACAACAACAAAAACCUAGUGAUCAACAACAACAACAAAAACCUAGUGAUCAACAACAACAACAAAAACCUAGUGAUCAACAACAACAUCAGAAUCCUAGUGAUCAACAACAACAACAAAAACCUAGUGAUCAACAACAACAACAAAAACCUAGUGAUCAACAACAACAACAAAAACCUAGUGAUCAACAACAACAACAAAAACCUAGUGAUCAACAACAACAUCAAAAUCCUAGUGAUCAACAACAACAUCAGAAUCCUAGUGAUCAACAGCGUCAAGAUCCGCAACCAUCAUCAAGUAGACCAUCUGGAUCUGGAUCCUCUGGACAGAAAGUUCCCUCCAAUAAACGCAGAAGGAUUUCCAGGCUUGUGCGUAAUGCUGGAUCAUUCUUUAAACGACCCGGAGAUGAAGAUCGCGAACCAUUGAUUGAACAUUAA